AUGUUUGGCUUCGGCUCAAAUAAUAACAACGCCAACAACGGGUCGCUCUUUGGCGGCAAUAACAACAAUACUGGUGGGUCUGCCUUUGGCGGAUCUGCUUUUGGUCAACCCGCUGGAAACACUGGCAACGCUUUUGGUGCUCCCAAUAACAAUACUAACUCAUCACCAUUUGGAACUUCUACCGGUGGUGCUUUUGGUGCUCCCAACACUACAGGUUCGUCCUUUGGCUCAAACAAUACAAACACUGGCGGCAAUGCUUUUGGCUCUUUCCGUUCACCAACUACCGGUGGCUUUGGCGGAUCAAAUACUGGUGGAAACUCCAUGUUUGGCAACAACUCUGCCCCUAAGCCUGCAUUUGGAUUUGGCUCUAAUACUACCAGCAAUACUAAUACUGGUGGAUUUGGCUCCAAUACUACUAGCAAUACCAACACUGGUGGAUUUGGCGCUCCUUCAGCUUUUGGAGGAUCCCCCUCGGGCCUAGGCAUCAACAAUAACUCUGCUCCUCCUUUUGAACCUUAUGUCGAGAAGGACAGCAAUUUAGGUACUUUUUCCUACCAAACCAUCACAGCUAUGCCUGCUUACAAAAAUAUGUCAACCGAAGAGUUGAGAUUUGAGGAUUACAAGAAUGGACGCAAGGGUCCUUCUGGGAACCCUCCAGGCAAUGCCUUUAACGCUAAUACCAACUCGCCUUUUGGAACAAACACCGCUAACAAUACAACAAACACUUCCAGCCCUUUUGGAGGCAACAGUGCUUUUGGCGGUAAUAAUGCUUUUGGAGGAAAUAAUAACAAUAACAAUAACCCUUCAACUUCUGCAUUCAAUCGACCCUUUGGACAGAACACCACAACUAGCCCCUUUGGUGGUGGUGGCAACAACACCACAUCUGGGUUUGGAGGAUCUGUCUUUGGUGGAAACUCUGGUUCUACGCCUUUUGGUGGAAAUACCAAUAAUAAUAACAACAACACCUCAGGGUUUGGCGGCCCAAACAACACGGGUAAUGCAUUUGGAGGAUUUUCUUCAAACACCAAUAACACUUCUUCUCCUUUCGGUCCCAACACAAACACCGGUUCUUCGUUUGGAGGUGGAAUUGGUGGAGGAUUUGGUGGAAACAAUAAUAAUACCAACAACAAUGGCAUGUCAUUGUUUCCAAACAACAACAACACCACCAACAACACCUCAUCUCCAUUUGGUGGCAACACCAAUACCAAUGCCGGUCUUGGAUUUGGAGCUAAUGGCUCUACUUUUGGAGGCAAUACAAAUAACGGCUCUACUCUUUUUGGUGGCGGAAACACCAAUAACACAAACAAUGCCGGCUCUCUCUUUGGAAAGCCCCCUACUACUGGCUUUGGCGGCCCCAGUAAUGCCGGUAACUCCAUGUUUUCUAAUAACGCUACAAACACGGCUUCUCCCUUUGGAGGAAACAAACCUGGAGGUCUUUUUGGCGGAGGUGCUACAACAACUAACACAGGCUCAUCUCUCUUUGGUGGAAUUGGCACAAACAAUGCAAGCAAUGCAAGCAAUGCAAGCAAUGCUAACCCCUUAUUCAAGCCCAAUGCCUCUACUUCUGGCGGUAAUGGUCUUUUUGGCGGAAACACUACUGGCGCUAGUCCAUUUGGUGGCAAUACCAACGCUGCCCAGCCUGCCGCUGGCGGUCUUUUUGGGGGCAAUACCACUGGCCAAAAUACUUUGAACCCGCUUAAUGCUAGUACAAACAAUAAUAAUGCACCUGGCGGUCUUUUCGGAGGUGGUAACACUACAAAUACUGGUGCAACAGGUGGUGGUCUUUUUGGAGGUCUCAAUACCAGCACCCAGAAUAAGCCCCUCUUUGGUGGUGGUGCUACUACUACAACUCCUGCUGCUACUAACACUUCCGGUGCUUUUGGCGGUGGGUUUGGAGGAUCAAUUAAUAAACCUCUUUUUGGCGGUAAUACCACCGCUUCAACUUCCACAGGCACUGGCGGAUUCUCCUUCAAUAAUAACACUGCAACUAACACAGCCGGUAAAUCUCUAUUUGGACCUCCUGCUACUGGCCUUGGACAGAAUAAUACAUUGUUUGGGAAACCCCCCUUGGCUGCUAAUCAGUCCUUGUUUGGCCCCAAUACUGCCCAAAACACAUUUGCUCCAAACCAGCAAGUUAUGCAACAGCCACGGUUUGCAACAGUCGACCAGAACCCUUACGGCACCAACCCCUUGUUUUCUACUGCUGUGACAACAACAGGUCCUCAGUCGGCACCAAUCGGACCUUUGGCUACUCCAAUUUCUAGUACCGAGCGCACCGUCAAGCAUAAUACCAUUUCGGCUUUCAAACUUACACCCAAGCCUCUCUUUUCUAUGGUUAAGAGCACUGGUCUUUCACGCAGCAGCAGCACCGGUAGCUCUGUUGGCAGUAUGGGAAGCAGCAACCGUUCUAUUACAUCUGGCUCUUCAGACAAGCUCACUACUGCUGGUCCUCUGGCCACUACAAAUGAUUUGGAGAGUGUCAAGCGCUCAGAUUCUUUCAACAGCAGCACUAGCAGCACAGGAAGCAAUGGCUCUACAUCUCCAGUUCACACUUCUAGUUCACCAAGCAAUGGUUCAUUAUUUGGCCCUCGUGCCGACGAGGUCCUUUUGUCAGCUAAUGCCUUUUCUCCUCGUAAGAGCAUUCGUCGCUUGAUUAUUCAGCGCUCGCACAAAUCUCAAGAAAAUGAAGCUGACAACAGCCUCUACAUUGAGGAUGGGUCUGCUGGUGAUAACAGUUCUGAUUCCAAGACAGAAGAGCCCUCUGAAUCGGUUUUGAACGGCAAUGGUACCGCGGCUGUGCCCAUCCCCACAGUGUCCAACCAUUCUAAGCUUGAUUUCUCCCCCAUUACUCCAUACACACCUACCCCAGCUAAUGGAACUAAGACGGCAGCCAGCAACUUGUCGCCUUCCAAGCACCAUAAUGAGUCUACUCUCAGUAGUGGGUCUGUGUUUAAGACGGCUGAGCCAACUGAGGAGCCCAAGGUUUCCUUGUUUGGCAAACCUGCUGAGCCCGAACCUUUGAAGGAGGAGGAGAAAAGAACUGCUGAUGAAGAAGAAUCAGCCCAAGAAAGUAAAGAAGAACACGUUGAAAGUGCAGCUCCUGAACCUGAAAUUCAAAAUCCUGAACUUCUUAUUCCUGAUGAUGAAAUUGUUGAUGAUAAGGGCUACUGGAUUUCGCCAAGCAACGCUAAAUUAUCCCAGUAUUCGUUGAAUGAUCUCCGUGCCGUCAAAAACUUCGUUGUUGGGCGCAAGGGCAUGGGUACUGUUUCAUUUUUGGAACCUGUUGAUUUGACAAGAUUUGCUCGCAACCCUCAGCAGGAGAUUUGUGACAAGGCUGUUGUAUUUGUAUCUAAGUCUGCUGCCGUCUAUCCACCAGAGUAUCUGUCUACUAUUUCUAGUUCACGUCCACCUGCAAAAGGCACAGAGCUUAAUGUGCGUACGCGUGUUACUCUAGAAAAGGUCUGGGUACUUUCUCGCGACAAGAAAGAGCCCAUCAAGGAUCCCAACCACCCGCUUUACCAGCGCCACCUCCAUCGGUUACAGAAAAUGGAAGGCACUAGAUUUAUUUCAUUUGAUAGCGAUACAGGCUCCUGGGUAUUUGAAAGCGAUGCCCUCUAA